AUGUUAGAGAAUCAUGUAGAUAAACUUGAAAUGAAAGACAUGUACUCUGAAAUCAGCAAACAAAUACCUCUAGGUUGUAAUAUUUUAUUACCAAGAAUUGUGAUAUUGAAACCUAGUGAUCUGCCCAAUUGUAAUGAUAAUGUCCAUGAGUGGCACAUAUCUAAAGAUAUGUGCAGCACUUUAAUUAUAAUAUUUUCUGAAUAUGGAUUAUUCAACCUUGCGGCAACUCUUGAAGUAAAAUACCUAAAAAAAUUUGAACAUGUAGUAGAUUACUGA